CACACUUCCCAUUUCUUUCAAGCGAAGUAUUGCCGCAUGACCCUGAAAGAGUAAGUUGGCUGUGUUUUUGGAUAAGGAGCCCUACAAUAAGGGGCGGCGUGAAGGAAGGUCAAGGGCUUCAAGAACCAGGUUGAUUGACACCAAGUCAACGAGCGAUGAGUCUGUGUGGAGUUGUGCUAUUGUGUAUCGUGUGUAUCCAUCAAGGUGUUUCCCUUAUGUGCGAAACAUCAAAACAUUUCCUCUCAGAUGCAAGCUCGUUCACCGUAUCACCGGAUCUCUGUUAUGUUCGCAGUGCGCAGCAGUGAGGAAUACAUCACUGGUUACAGUGGCCAAUCAGUCGUCCUGAAAUCUGGAGCAGACAGAUCAUGGAACCUCAGCAGAGUUCAGUGGUCCAUUUAUCAGAACACCACAUUCAUUGCGGGUCUAAAGGAUGGUGAAGUGAUUAUUUACAAGUUUUGGAGACAUGAGGGUCGACUUGACUUCAGCAAUGAAACGGGAGAUUUAACAAUCCGCAAUGUGACAGUAGAUGACAGCAUGACAUACAACGUGGCUUUGGUCAAAUCAGAUGGCUCGCGGAGCCAAUCUAAAGUUCAUCUCACAGUUCGAGAAAGUCUCAAGACACCAGACAUCCAGACGAAGCUUCAUUCCCUCAUUGACAACAAGUGCUACAUUGCCCUUGAGUGCAUUGCAUCUGGCCAAAAUGUGAAUCUGUCCUGGAUGCCGGAUGACGAGUUCGACGGAUCGUAUAUUUCAGGAACCCCAAACUCUGCUGACUCUUCACUUGUUCUUUUUGCAUCAUUUAGUGGCAACAGAAACGUUACGUUUAACUGCAGUGCGUCCAGUGGUCAACAGACAAUGACCAGGCAAAUGACAGUGGGAUGUUCAGAUGAAAAGCAGAAGUGUGAAGUCUGCACCGCUUGCAGUUCAUGUACUUCCUAUGUGAUGUGGACUAUUGUGCUUACAGCUGCAGCAGUUUUGUGCGUGUCAUAUCUAUGUAGAAAAUAUGAAGCAUCACCAGUCUUGGCUUCUGUGGUUUUCAAGAGAAACAAGACACGGCGUAAGAUGAAGAAAGGUCCUCUUGCAUAAGGCCAUACUUUACGGAAGGGAACAUC